AUGAAAGAGGGAAAUCACUCGGAGGUGACUGAGUUCAUUCUCUCAGGACUGACAGAUCGUCCAGAGCUGCAGGUCCCCCUGUUUGUGUUGUUCCUACUGAUUUAUGUUACCAACCUGAUGGGAAAUGGGGGGAUGAUCUUGUUAAUCACAAUUGACCCGCAACUUCACACCCCCAUGUACUUUUUCCUGAGGAAUUUGUCCUUCUGUGAUCUCUGCUAUUCCUCAAUAAUUGCCCCUAAGAUGCUGCAGAAUUUCUUAGCCGAAAGGAAGAGCAUUUCUCACACUGCCUGUGCUGUGCAAUUGUAUUUCUUUGUCUGUUUCGCAGAUGUUGAGUGUCUCUUGUUGGCUGUGAUGGCGUACGACCGUUAUGUGGCCAUCUGUAACCCGCUGCUUUAUAGGGUCAGCAUGUCCAAGCGGCUUUGUAACCUGCUGGUGUCUGCAUGCUAUGCUGUGGGGUUGGUGGAUGCGCUGAUACAAACAUGUUGUAUAAUUCAGCUCUCUUUCUGCCACUCCAAUGUUAUCAAUCAUUUUUUCUGUGAUAUUCCUCCCCUUUUGGCACUAUCCUGUUCCGACACCCGCAUCAGUGAGACAUUGGUGUUCACCUUCAUUGGCUUUAUGAUAGUGAGCAGCGUGGUGAUCAUCCUCCUCUCCUAUGUCUACAUUGUCUCCAGCAUCCUACAGAUCCGCUCUGCCAAGGGCCAGCGCAAAGCCUUCUCCACCUGCACUUGUCACUUGACUGUGGUCAUCAUGUUCAAUGGCAGCCAACUCUUCAUGUACUUACGUCCCCCUUCCAGCUAUUCCAUGGACACUGACAGAAUAGCCUCUGUGUUUUACACAGUGGUGAUCCCCAUGUUGAACCCCCUCAUCUACAGCCUGAGGAACAGGGAGGUGAAGGACGCCCUGAGGAAAGCCAUGAAGAAACUCUUAAGCAAUUCAUGA